AUGGCAAGCCCCGCUGGCAACAUCUCCUUCGAGGACUACCUCGGCCUCUCUACAGCCGUAUUUGAGUGGGCUGACAGCUACGACUCCAAGGACUGGGACCGUCUCAGGAAAUGCAUUGCCCCUGAGCUCCGCAUUGACUACCGCUCCUUCCUCGACAAGAUCUGGGAGGCCAUGCCCGCGGAGGAGUUCAUCGCCAUGAUCUCGGACAAGUCCGUCCUCGGCAACCCCCUCCUCAAGACCCAGCACUUCAUCGGCGGCACCCGCUACGAGAAGGUCUCGGACACCGAGGUCAUCGGCCACCACCAGCUCCGCGUGCCCCACCAGAAGUACACCGACGCCUCCCGCAAGGAGGUCGCCGUCAAGGGCCACGCCCACAGCUACAACAAGCACUGGUACAAGAAGGUCGACGGCGUCUGGAAGUUCGCCGGCCUCGCCCCCGAGAUCCGGUGGUCCGAGUAUGACUUCGAGGCCGUCUUCGCCGAUGGCCGUGACUCUUACGGCGCCGAGGAGGGCAAGUCGGAUGUCAAGGUUGUCGAGAAGGAGCUCAAGGUCGCCGCUGCUGUUUAA